AUGACGGGAGUCGUGCGAAUUCAACUGUCUCUCGUCCUAAAAUGGCUGCAUCCUCUGAGAUUUUACUUUUAAAAUGCGCUAAGUUUAGGGAUGAGGGUCAAUUCAUCGACGUUCGAUUAAAAGUCAGCGACGACGUUUUUACAGCUCAUCGUAUCGUGCUGGCUGCGAGUAGCGAUUAUUUCUACGCCAUGUUUACAAAUGGAAUGAAGGAGUCCAGACAAGAAAUGAUCGAGUUGAAAGACGAAAGCAUCACGAAAGAAAGAAUCCAGGCGACUCAUUGCUAUGCUGCCGUCUCUGUUGGCUGCAACUUGUUCGUUGCAGGACAAGCCCCGGUUGGUGGCUUUUCCUUGUAUCGUUAUGACACAGAGAGUAAUGCCUGGGAGAUGAAGCAGCUUCCGUCCACACUGUGGUUUAACAACCUGUGUAUUCUAGGAGAUUACAUUUAUGCUAUUAGUUCUAAUUUAGGUCAGGUUCCUCAAAGAUACAACAUUGGCAAAAGGCAGUGGCAAAGCAUUUCAAACCUGGGCACAAAUAUUUAUUAUCAGGCCUGCAAUAUUGGAGCAAUAGUUCAUCAAUCAAUAUUUGUCCUCUGUGGCAAUACUAACUAUAUAGAAGGAAGAUAUGAACCAGCAGUAUUACAUUGCUUCGACCCGGCUAAGAAUGAGUGGAAAGAAAAGGCAAGAACUUGCCAACCUCAUUUUGGAUCCAGUCUUUUCGAAGUAAAUGGUAAACUUUUUGUUGCUGGGGGCAGAUGUACUCCAAAUCUCAAUUAUCCCACACCAGUAGAAGUGUAUAGCGAGGAAACCAACACCUGGUCUAUUGUUAAACAAGAACAUAUUCCCGCCAAUAAUCUCGGUGCAGUGGAAAUAGAAGGGAGGGUGUACUUCAUCAUCAAUCAAUUUCCAUUUGACAGCGGGAUUAGAAUUUCACCAGGGGAGCGGUAUCCUGUUCCAUUGGAUGAGUGGGAGAACUUAGGAAAAAUUGAACAAUGUGCAGUUCUUUGCUAUUUGCCUCUAAAAAGAGAAUAUACAAAAAGUGAAUGAGUUCAUUCACCGUUCUGAUUUAGAAGAAGAAUAGACUUGACAAACAGUUCAAAAGUUAACUCAUAAACAGUUGUUGUAUUGCAGUCGACUUACAUAAAACGUUAGUAGGUUGGUGUUACUGCUGGUCUGUUGAUCCAACCUCAAAACAAUUCCUGUAAUCUUUGAGCACAAUUAUCAAGUUCAUGGGUAAGAAAGGAACCCAAAAAUAUAUG